AUGUCCUGGAGACACCCAAGGUCUCAUCACUGGCACCAGUUGGACUUUGUCGCCACCAGAAGAUCCUUGCUGAAUCAAGUGCUGGUCACACGCAGCUACCACAGCGCUGACUGCGACACCGACCACUCCCUCGUCGCAAGCAAGGUGCGCCUCCUUCCCAGACGUGCCCACCACUCCAAACAGAAGCCCCGACCCCGUAUAAACAUAGCCAGAACAAACAAACCUGAACUGCAGGAACACUUCGCCAUAGCCAUCGACGAAGCCCUGGAGGGCUGCCCAACCGACAGCGCAACUGAACGGUGGAACCAUAUACGCGAGGCUGUGUUCCAGACUGCCCUGGACACCUUUGGUAGAAGAGAGAGGAAGAGCACUGACUGGUUUGAGGCAGGAGUCGCUAAACUGGAGCCCGCCAUCGCUGCUAAGCGAGCCGCCCUACUUGCUCACAAGAAAGAUCCUUCCACAAAGACACUCGUAGCACUCCGUGCUGCUCGAAGUGACACACAGAAGAUCGCCAGGCGCUGUGCCAAUGAUUAUUGGUUAAAUCUCUGCCACAACAUCCAACUCUCCGCAGACCUAGGCAACAUGCGAGGGAUGUACGAGGGCAUGAAGAAGGCUUUUGGCCCAAGUCCCGUCAAAACAGCCCCACUCAAAACAGCCGAGGGUGAGCUCAUCAAAGACCGCUGCAAACAAAUGAAGAGGUGGGCUGAACACUAUCAAGAGCUCUACUCAAGGGAAACCACCAUCACCAGCACAGCCCUUGAGAACACUCAAUCACUGUCUCCUAUGGUCGAGCUCGACACACCACCCACCAUAGAAGAGCUCAGCAAGGCUGUUGACAAUCUAGCCAACGGCAAAGCACCAGGCAGUGACAACAUUCCUCCUGAGGUAAUCAAGGCCGCAAAAGGGAGCUCCCUCCUACAACACCUUCAUGAGCUACUAAUGCAGUGUUGGGAGGAAGGAGCGGUGCCCAAAGACAUGCGUGACACCAUGAUCGUCACGCUUUACAAGAAUAAGGGGGAACGGAGCGACUGCAACAACUACCGUGGCAUUUCGCUCCUCAGCAUUGUCGGCAAAGCAUUUGCCCGGGUCGCCCUAAACAGACUGCAACUCCUCGCAGAACGCAUUUAUCCAGAGGCACAGUGCGGCUUCAGGGCCGCAAGGUCAACUAUCGACAUGGUGUUCUCUGUGAGGCAGCUGCAGGAGAAAUGCCGGGAGCAGAGACAGCCCCUGUACCUGGCAUUCAUCGACUUGACCAAGGCCUUCGACUUGGUCAGCCGAGAUGGACUGUUUGCCCUCCUCCAGCGGAUUGGAUGUCCCCCCAGGCUCUUGAGCUUGGUCGUGUCCUUCCAUCAAGACAUGAGUGGGACCGUUCAGUUCGACGGAUCAUGCUCAGAACCCUUCGCAAUCAAAAAUGGCGUGAAGCAGGGAUGCGUCCUUGCCCCAACCCUUUUCGGCAUCUUUUUCUCCCUGCUCCUGUCCUACGCCUUCCGAGACUCUGACGACGGCGUCUUCAUCCACACCAGGAGCAACGGAGGUCUCUUCAACUUAGCACGCCUACGGGCAAAGACAAAAAUACAGAGGGUGCUCAUCAGGGAGCUACUUUUUGCCGAUGAUGCUGGCCUUGUCGCCCACACUGAAGCAGCACUGCAGCGACUCAUCGACCGCUUUUCAACCUCCUGUGCAGAAUUUGGUCUCACUAUCAGCCUGAGGAAGACUCAGGUCAUGGGCCAAGACGUCAGUAGUGCACCCAGCAUCUCCAUCGGUGAUCACACUCUCGAGGUGGUGGACAAGUUCAUCUAUCUCGGGUCUACCAUCUCCAGCAACCUCUCCCUUGAUGCAGAGCUGAACACCAGGAUCGGCAAGGCAGCUACCACGAUGGCCCGUCUGACGAAGCGAGUGUGGGAUAACACCAUGCUCACCACCAACACCAAGAUGAGAGUCUAUCAGGCAUGCGUGUUGAGCACUCUCCUUUAUGGAAGUGAAACAUGGACACUCUACUCCGUCCAGGAACGCAGGCUGAACACCUUCCACCUACGCUGCCUCCGUAGACUGCUCGGUAUCACUUGGCAGGACCGCGUCCCCAACAUCGACGUCCUGGCCAAGGCAGGGAUGCCCAGCAUGUUCGCCAUCUUGUCCCAGAGACGUCUGCGUUGGCUAGGCCAUGUCACCCGAAUGGAUGACGGCCGCAUCCCUAAAGACAUGUUGUUUGGGGAGCUGGCCACUGGCACUAGAUCCACAGGACGCCCGGCCCUCCGUUACAAGGACGUAUGUAAGCGCGACCUGAAGGCUGGUGGCUUCAACCCCUCUGACCUGGAGAUAGCCGCCACGAACCGCUCCGGCUGGCGGUCCACCACCCGGGAUAUCGUCAAGGCGGCAGAGGAUAUGAGAGACGCCCGAUGGGGAGAGAGGCGUCUCCGCAAGCAACUGUGGCUGCAAUCGGCCCCACCAUAUACACGGGAGCCGGCCUUCACUUGCAGCAGAUGCGGCAGACCAUGCGGUUCUCGUAUCGGCCUGUACAGCCACAGCCGACGUUGCAGCUCCCCUAUUUAG